AUGCAAGAUGUUGGCGUUACAGUCAUCGGGCCCGGUUGGGAAGUCCUAAAUCGCACAGGGGAUAAACUCAAGGCGAAGCAAUUGGCGCAAGAGAACAAUGUUCCUGUGUUACCAGCUUUGGACGCCUCGACCGACGUACAGCGGAUCAAGGAGUUCGCUCACGCCGUCGGGUAUCCUAUCAUGAUCAAGGCUGUCGACGGUGGUGGGGGAAGAGGUAUCCGCCUAGUACGUGGUGAUGAUGAGCUUGAAAGCGCUGCUCGAGCAUCGACGGCCGAGUCGCCAACCAAGACCGUGUUCGUAGAGAAAGCGGCUGUGAACGGUUUUCACCACGUUGAGAUUCAGAUUGUCGGUGACGGUACCGAUGUGCAACAUCUAUGGGAACGUGAUUGCAGCAUACAACGGCGGUUCCAAAAGGUUGUGGAAUUCGCACCAUCAUCGAUCCGCAGUGACAACGAAGGGUUGGUGAGCGAAGUAACUAAUGCAGCAGUACGCAUGAUGAAGGCAAUCCGCUAUCAGUCUCUCGGGACCGUAGAGUUCUUGGUCAACGAGCAGCUUGGCGAGUUCUACUUUCUGGAAAUCAACCCCCGCAUCCAGGUUGAACAUACGAUCACCGAGGCUAUCACUGGUCUUGACCUCGUUCAAAUCCAGCUCCUCAUAGCGCAAGGAUACUCGUUGGCCGAAGUCGGCUUAGGGACUGAGCCCCAUGCUCAAGGCCAUUCCAUUCAGCUUCGAUUAUGUUCUGAGGACCCACGUACCAACUUCUCCUUGAGCGUAGGGAAGGUGACAGAAUUCAGCGUCCCCACAGGCAACGGAGUGCGGGUAGAUACCCAUGUCGACAUGGCAGGCCUCAGUCCAGUAGUGGUGGGGGCGCAAUUCGACAACCUGUUAGCCAAGAUCAUCGUCACCGGAUCAUCUACUUGGAAGGCAACAGUUCUCAAGGCACGAAGGGUCUUGGCCGACACACGAAUCUCAGGCGUCAAGACAAAUCUGGACCUGCUUCGAGGAAUACUUGAUCAUGAAGACUUUCUCGCCGGGAAAAUAGACACCCAAUGGCUGGAAAAGCACAUCGACCAGGCAGUGCAAUUAGGCGGAGAGAUCUCAAAGUCGCUGCAAGUACCCUCGCAGAUACCUCGUCCGGUCAGCUCUCACAGCGUACCGUCGUCAAAUAUCCUGUUCAGGCCAGGCGACUCAUGGUCAAUCACUCUCGAGCCUCUGAAAGGUCAGGGAAACCAGACGCAGCAGCAGAAACAUCACCUUCAGCUCACUCGCGUGUUGCAAAAUGACUUUCCCUCUUCCAUGUCGGCAGAGGUAAAGUAUACUACGGCUGCAUCUGAAUCCGCUUUCCGACUGCAACUGGAAAGUACAAACACCACUGCUGCGGCCCUGGUUUCGUCUCAUCGGCGUGGAGACCCUCGUAAUCCACGACAUGUUGUGCUACCGAUAUCAGGCAAGCUGAUCGAGGUCUUGGUGGCUCCAGGAGACAUGGUAGAGGAAAACCAAGUAGUUGCGUUUGUUAAGCAAAUGAAGAUGGAGCUAGAGGUAAGAAGCCCACGAACAGGGCGAGCACAAUGGGUGUAUGAGAUGGAGGAAGAAGAGGAUGUGGCCGACGGUAUUCUCCUGGUUGAGCUAGAAGAGGAGUUGCGAGGCAAGCUGUAG